CACGAAUAAAGCACAUAUAUUCGCUUCAGGCGACGCAUCAGGGGCCGCGUAUCUUGAUUCUUGAACAGAGACGAUUUAAACAGAGGGGUCCGACCAGCGAGCGCGCUCAUGCCCGCUUCCCUUCGAAACUUUCCGGAGGACCGACCGUCGAUUGCGUCCAUGCUCGCUUCCCUUCCAAAUUUUCCGCCCUCCGCCGUCUCUGCCGACUAUUUAAACCCCGCCCAAAACCCUAAUCGUAAGCCUAUCUCCAUUCAGAAGAAAUCGAAGCUCUUCUCUCCUGCCCCCAGGAAAUGGCGUCGGCGGCCUCCGAUGCGGAGCUGUCUAGGGUUCAUCAGAAAGAAGCAAAAGGGAGUGAAAUAGACAAUCCAAGAGAGCCUUUGAUCAAUAGUGUUGGUUUUCAUGAGAGCUAUUCUGCCAAUGCGGCGAUUCUUCCGUUUUUAUUCCCAGCAUUAGGAGCACUGCUUUAUGGCUAUGACAUCGGCGCUACCUCCAGUGCUACAAUUUCUCUGGAGUCAUCAGCAUUAAGCGGGACAACAUGGUACAAUUUAUCGUCAUUGGAAAUUGGGCUUGUGGUCAGUGGUUCUCUCUAUGGUGCCUUGAUUGGUUCUAUUUUGGCAUUUAAUAUAGCUGAUUUUUUAGGAAGACGAAGGGAAUUAAUUCUCUCUUCUGUUCUAUAUCUUGUUGGAGCUCUAAUAACAGCAUUGGCUCCUAGUUACCCUGUUAUGGUGGUUGGACGCUUUGUCUAUGGGAUAGGAAUUGGACUGGCUAUGCAUGCUGCUCCAAUGUAUAUUGCGGAGACUGCUCCAAGUCAAAUUCGAGGCAUACUUAUCUCUUUGGAGGAGUUCUUUGUAGUUAUCGGAAUGCUUUUUGGUUAUGUAGCUGGCAGUUUCGUUGUUGGUUUGGUAGCUGGAUGGCGCUAUAUUUAUGCUGCCAGUUCCCUAGUAUGUCUAAUAAUGGGAAUUGGAAUGUGGUGGUUGCCACCAUCACCUCGAUGGCUGCUUUUGUGCGCCAUACAGGGGGAAAGAAACAUGUUAGAUGCUAAAGAAUUUGCCUUUUUCUGCUUGUGUCGGCUGAGGGGUCAAGCUGUUGAUGAUUCAGCUUCAAAACAAAUCAAUGCAAUUCUGAGUGAACUUUCAUAUUCUGAUGAAGAAAAACAAGCAACAUUAUGUGAGAUUUUUCAAGGAAAAUGCCUGAAAGCCCUUGUAAUUGGUGCUGGAUUGGUCUUCUUUCAGCAGGUCACAGGGCAACCAAGUGUGUUAUACUAUGCUGCAACAAUCCUUCAGAGUGCAGGGUUUUCUGCAGCAUCUGAUGCUAUUCACGUCUCAAUUCUUCUUGGUUUACUGAAGCUAGUUAUGGCUGGGACUGCUGUUGUUGCGGUAGACAGACUUGGUAGAAGGCCUUUACUGAUUGGAGGUGUUAGUUGGAUAGCAAUCUCUUUGUUCCUACUAUCCUCAUAUUACACCUUGUUAAAUGAUUCACCAUUUGUGGCUGUAAUUGCAUUGCUGCUAUAUGUUGGUUGCUAUCAGUUGUCAUUUGGUCCAAUUGGUUGGCUGCUGAUUUCGGAGGUUUUCCCUUUACGACUAAGAGGGCGUGCCUUAAGUAUAGCGGUGCUUGUGAACUUUGCUUCAAACGCUCUGGUGACUUUUGCUUUCUCGCCAUUGGAGGCUUUGGUAGGAACUGGCAUCCUCUUUGCUGGUUUUGGAGUUAUUGCAGUGGGCGCUCUUCUGUUCAUAUUCUUUGUCAUACCAGAAACAAAGGGGCUCACUCUGGAGGAAAUUGAGGCCAAGAUUUUAUAGAGAUCUCUCAUCCAUGCGAUCUUAAUAAUCUGCAAACUGAGGGCUUUGGAAGGACAGAAUCCUAUCCUUUUCCAUGUAAACGGUUGAAAUCUGUCUUUUGUUGGGAUAUCCCUUUGCUGAGAACUUGCAUUUAAAGUGACCACAUAUUCUAGGUCUAUAAAUUAACAAUAGGCGUAUCUCUAAGUAUCAUCAACUACAGCUUGGAUACGCUUUAGGAGUGCAGUCACAAAUUGCAUUUGUAUACUCGCAGUACUGUGAAAUUACAACAUCAAGAUUGAGCUGUCAACCAAGUAUUCCUUGCACGCAACAGCAAAUUAUAAUGAUGCCUGUGUAAUGCAGCUAUGGUUUUGGGAUGAGUAUGGUAUCAUUUUCCAUACGGGGGAGCAUAAUGUGUUGGCUGUUCAAACUCCUUGGUACAGCAGUACCAGACCAAAGCUGUGUCUUGUUUGCAUCUCCGUGAUUCUGCCACAGGUGGCAUAUGUAAGCCAGAAACAUCUCUGAUUAUCCAAAGAACUUCACAGCACAGAACAAAUGAAAUCCAUUUUACGUUCUCUUUGAAAGGAUUUCUACAGAUACGGCAAUCCAAUUUCUUCAGCCCUCAAGAAACUGCAUGAAGGAACUUAUUUUGAUCAUGGCUUCUGGUGCCAUAUAGUUUUCUGAUAAGAAUAUUGCCAUAUAAACCAGUCUGAUCUGGCAAUUAUAGAAGAUCUACAUAUAUAUUUUCCUCUCUUUUUUUUCCUCCCACAAGAGUCAAGCUAGAGCCCCAGAGUCCGCAAGUUAGAACCUACCAGUUUGAAUGAUAAUGAUGAUGAUGCAUGUGGUUUGUUUUUUGAUUAUUUCCAGACUGCGUUAGGUAUUUUAAUUACCUAAGUUAAUCAACAUAAGUGAGGGCUGAACUGUCCGUUAUGAGGGCAUUAAUGAUGGUAGAAAUGCUAAAAGGUAACACUUCACGGGUUUUUAACUAAUAAAUUCAGAGAAAAAGCUAUUGUUUACCAGGAGAGAAUGGUCUUAAAUUUGCAUGACAUGAUAUCUAAAGAACAUUAUCAUAUCUUCACAUUUUCUAGAAAUUUAUCAUGUAAUAAAAGCAUAGGUGAUGGGCAAAUUUAGGAAACAAAGGUAUAAUGAUCAUAAACAAAAUCAUUUAGCCCUUGCUAAGGAAUAUUUCUUAGUAUCAGCAAUUGAAGAAUGAUCAGCUGAGCAGCUAGCCACUCUGCAGCUUCAAUGGUGAUGGGUUUCCACAUGACUGAACUUACUGAAAAUACAAGGCACCCAGACUGAGUUGCCACGGUACAUCUACUCACACUUGAUUGAACGAUAUAUAUGCCGCACAAAUAGCAAGGAAGCACGGAAGCCAACAGUCCCCAACAUGAGGAAGAAUCCAUAGCAGAUGCAAG